UUGACUUGCUUCUUUUUUCUUGUUUCUCAGUGUUAGAGAUUGAUUUUGUGGAGCUGACCCUGGAAGAGAUUAUUGGCAUUGGGGGCUUUGGGAAAGUAUAUCGUGCUUUCUGGAUAGGUGAUGAGGUUGCUGUGAAAGCAGCUCGCUAUGACCCUGAUGAAGACAUCAGCCAGACCAUAGAGAAUGUUCGCCAAGAAGCCAAGCUCUUCGCUAUGCUGAAGCACCCCAACAUCAUUGCCCUUAGAGGGGUAUGUCUGAAGGAACCCAACCUCUGCUUGGUCAUGGAGUUUGCCCGUGGAGGGCCUUUGAAUAGAGUGUUAUCUGGGAAAAGGAUUCCCCUGGACAUUCUGGUGAACUGGGCUGUUCAGAUCGCCAGGGGGAUGAACUACCUACAUGAUGAGGCCAUCGUUCCCAUCAUCCACCGCGACCUGAAGUCCAGCAACAUAUUGAUCCUGCAGAAGGUGGAGAAUGGAGACCUGAGCAACAAGAUUCUGAAGAUCACUGAUUUUGGCCUGGCUCGAGAAUGGCACCGAACCACUAAGAUGAGCGCUGCAGGCACCUAUGCUUGGAUGGCACCUGAAGUCAUUCGUGCCUCCAUGUUUUCCAAAGGCAGUGAUGUGUGGAGCUAUGGGGUGCUGCUUUGGGAGCUGCUGACCGGGGAGGUGCCCUUCCGUGGCAUUGAUGGCUUAGCGGUGGCUUAUGGAGUGGCCAUGAACAAACUUGCCCUUCCUAUUCCUUCUACAUGCCCAGAACCUUUUGCCAAACUAAUGGAAGACUGCUGGAACCCUGACCCCCAUUUACGACCAUCUUUCACAAGUAUCCUGGACCAGCUGACUACCAUAGAGGAGUCUGGUUUCUUUGAAAUGCCCAAGGACUCCUUCCACUGCCUUCAGGAUGACUGGAAGCAUGAGAUUCAAGAGAUGUUUGACCAACUCAGGGCCAAAGAAAAGGAGCUCCGCACCUGGGAAGAGGAGCUGACCCGGGCUGCGCUCCAGCAGAAGAACCAGGAGGAGCUGCUGCGGCGUAGGGAACAGGAGCUGGCUGAGCGGGAGAUCGACAUCUUAGAACGGGAGCUCAACAUCAUCAUCCACCAGCUGUGCCAGGAGAAGCCCCGGGUAAAGAAACGCAAGGGCAAGUUCCGGAAGAGCCGGCUGAAGCUCAAGGAUGGCAACCGCAUCAGCCUUCCCUCUGAUUUCCAGCAUAAGUUCACAGUGCAGGCCUCGCCCACCAUGGAUAAAAGGAAGAGUCUUAUCAACAGCCACUCCAGCCCUCCUGCAAGCCCCACCAUCAUUCCUCGCCUUCGAGCCAUCCAGUUGACACCAGGUGAAAGCAGCAAAACCUGGGGCCGGAGCUCAGUCAUCCCAAAGGAGGAAGAGGAGGAGGAGAAGAGGGUCCCAAAGAAGAAGGGCCGGACGUGGGGGCCAGGGACUCUUGGGCAGAAGGAGCUCACCUCAGGAGAUGAAGGAUCCCCUCAGAGACGUGAGAAAGCUAAUGGUUUAAGUACCCCGUCAGAAUCUCCACAUUUCCACUUGGGGCUCAAGUCUCUGGUAGAUGGAUACAGGCAAUGGUCGUCCAGUGCCCCCAACCUGGGGAAGGGCCCGAGGAGUAGCCCAGCCCUACCAGGGUUCACCAGCCUUAUGGAGAUGGAGGAUGAGGACAGCGAAGGCCCAAGGAGUGGAGAGAAUCGUCCGCAGCCUUCACCCAACCAGUCCUACCUCUGCAUCCCAUUUCCUCGUGGAGAGGAUGGGGAUGGCCCCUCGAGUGAUGGAGUCUAUGAGGAGCCCACCCCAGUCAACUCAGCCACCAGUACCCCUCAGCUGACACCAACUAACAGCCUGAAGCGCAGUGGUACCCACCACCGCCGCUGUGAGAUGGCUCUGCUCGGCUGUGGGGCUGUUCUGGCAGCCACAGGCCUUGGGUUUGACUUGUUGGAAGCUGGCAGGUGCCAGCUGCUUCCUCCAGAGGAGCCUGAGCCACCAAUCCGAGAGGAGAAGAAGAGGCGUGAGGGUCUCUUUCAGAGGGCCAGCUGUCCCCGUCGGAGCACCAGCCCCCCGUCCCGCAAGCUCUUCAAGAAGGAAGAGCCCCUGCUCCUGCUAGGAGACCCCUCUGCCUCCCUGACACUGCUGUCUCUCUCCUCCAUCUCUGAGUGCAACUCUACCCGCUCCUUGCUGCGCUCUGACAGUGAUGAGAUUGUGGUAUAUGAGAUGCCAGUCAGCCCAGUCCAGGCCCCGCCUCGGACUCCAUGCACCCACAACCCCCUGGUCAAUGUCAGGGUGGAGCGCUUCAAACGAGACCCUAACCAGUCCCUGACCCCCACCCAUGUCACCCUCACUGCCCCCACACAGCCGAGCGGUCAUCGGCGGACUCCUUCAGAUGGGGCCCUUAAGUCAGCGGCUCUUCUAGCCAGCAGGAGCCCCUCCAGCAAUGGGUUGAGCCCCAGUCAUGCAGCAGGAAUGUUGAAAACCCCCAGUCCCAGCCGAGACCCUGGUGAAUUUCCCCGUCUCCCCGACCCCAAUGUGGUUUUUCCCCCAACACCACGACGCUGGAACACCCAGCAGGACUCUACUUUGGAGAGACCGAAGACUCUGGAGUUUCUGCCUCGGCCACGUCCUUCUGCCAACCGGCAGCGGCUGGAUCCUUGGUGGUUUGUGUCCCCCAGCCAUGCCCGAAGCGCCUCCCCAGCCAACAGCUCUAGCACGGAGACACCCAGCAACCUGGACUCCUGCUUUGCUAGCAGCAGCAGCACUGUAGAAGAGCGGCCUGGACUCCCAGCCCUGCUCCCGUUGCAGACAGGGCCACUGCCUCCUGCUGAGCGGACGCUUCUGGACCUGGAUGCAGAAGGGCAGAGUCAGGACAGCACCGUGCCGCUAUGCAGAGCUGAGCUGAACACACACAGGCCAACCCCUUAUGAGAUCCAGCAGGAGUUCUGGUCUUAGCGUGAAAAGGGUUGGGGGGGGGCGCAGGAGAUGGAGGGAGCUGUCUGGCACAGCCCUUUCCCAGAGUUGGGCCCCCUGAGUUCCAGCCCUACUUCUUGCACUGAUAAUGCACUUUGAAGAUGGAGGGGAUGGGAGCAGGGCCACUUCAGAGGGUCUCCUGCCCUGCAGGGCCUUUUCCCCCAUGUCCAGUGGAGGAGCUGUGGCCAUGCGCUCUGGCUGUGUGGGGGAGGGAGGGAUGCAUGCAUGUCCUCCGCCCUCCAGAGACUUCCUCACCUUUGGGGUGACAUUGAAGUCACUCAGCCAAAUCUGUCUGCUGCUCCUUCUCCUCGGCCUGUUGAGUAUGCCCCGAGCUGUCCUGGAGUCCCGUUGUUAGCCCUGAGUUCAGCCUUCCCACGUGCCAGUAUUGGGCCUUCUAUGAUGUUGGUUCUGCUCCUCUUCCACCCACCCCUAACACCCGUGAAUCACAAUCUUGCUGGUGUGAGAUAGGAGCUGUUGUGUGUCCUAUGCUCCUUUUGUGCUAGCUAGAAGACUGAGGGCAAGGUGGCCUAGUUUGGGGGCUCUCUUGUUGAUGGACCUGGCACUAGCUACCUGUCCUUCAGAAGCCCUGCUAUUUAUUUGAGCCCAGAGGUGGUAAGGGGAACGGGCUAAGUGAGAACUGAGGGGACGGGCAGAGUUAGGAAAAGUGCAGUCAGGUUGCAACACAGAAGGUAGCGGAGUCUUUGUGUGUCCUGCCCACCGCAUUUGGAAACAUUCAGUGAAGGGUAGAAACCGGCACUUCUCAAAGGCUUUCAUCUACCCACUGGGGUCUGGACGCUGUCGUGCUAGGUUCUGACACAAGCUUCUGUUCCUCCCAGGAACGGCUUCUUGGGAGACUUACUCUCUGGUGCCAGUUCGAUGUCUGUCUCUUUCGUUGUUAGGUGUUUAUGUGUUUUCCCCUCCCUUGGUCUUUCUUCCAGUCCUUGGAGUCAGCGGGCUUCAGCUUGUGUUCAGUUAGUGGAUGUCUCCACAUAGCGUAGUUCAGGGUGUCCUGAGCAGUGGGAUUGGAACUGUGGGGAUUUUCUUCUCAGCCUGCCACCCACAUCAUGCUGCCCUUGAAGUAAAAUGGUGCCAUUAGUCGUACCUUCCGUCGGUGGGCAGCAUGGUAGGGUGACACCAUUUCUGAGGUACUCAGCGAGCCACUGACGUGCAGCUGCUGUGUGUCCUGAGCUCUGGAAGCUGAGCAUGGCCACCUGUGUGUCUGUGCACAGCCAGCCCUCUUGCCGGGUUCUGCGCCGAGAGCUGGGUAGGAAGGAAAACAAAGACCAGCCCUGACCUGCCUGCUGUUUGUUUCCUGAAAUCUAAUGUUGAACUUUGUCUAAGGCUUUCUCGUGUCCUUCUUCCCCUUCCACUAUUCUGAGGCCUCACACCUUGUGUGUGAGCUGUGGCAUCUGCGUGAUAGUAGCAGUCUGACCGGGUCCAGUCCUGGGGCUGUGCUCUUCUUCCCGCCAGACUCUCAGUAUUGCUCCACUGGAGUAUUCUCUGUGAUGGGGAAGUCAACAUGCAGGACCCUUGCGUUGGCUGCUGGGGUGCCAGGAUGGGGGGAGUGGUGCCGCUGGCAGGAGUGACAAUUGGUCACUGCUUAUUUUCUGUUACUGUGAUAGAAAUCCUUCUCUGGGAGGACAAAAGAGGCAACCUUGGUUUUCAUGCCGUUCUUUUUUUAUGACCCCAUUUGGCCCCACCCCGGUGCUGGAUGCCACCAGUGUUGCCCGGGACUUUGUUACUGCACCUCGUCUUUCUCUUAGACCAACAGUCAGUGUGUAAGAGAGUGUUUUCGCCCCCAUUUGCCUACUCUUUGGCUGGGAGAGGAAGAAUGGAUUCUGUCUGUGGUUCUAGCCCACCAGUGAUGCCUGUCAUUCUUGAUGGGGAGAAGGGUACCAAUGGUCUGUUCUGUGCCCUCCAAAAUUCCAGUCCCUAAACCCUUAGUUCCAGUAAAUGGCUCUGAGGGAGGUCAUAGCCCACAGUAUAAUCCAAACCAUGCUGGCAUGACUGUGCACGGCAUGAGAUAAGGAUUUUUUUCCCUUGCUCAUUUUUAGUGGUUUGUACCAUUUUGUUAGGUUGCAGCCAUCUUUCUUUCUUGCAGUGUCACAGAUAUAACAUAAUUUGCAGGACACAGAAAAGUUGAGUCUCGGCUAAGGAAAUAACUGUACCUGAAAGAAGCAAAAGCAGAAUUAUUCUAGAGAUGCUGCUGUGAGCAUGAAUGAAAGCGUAGGAGUUACACAAUCGCUGGGUUCUUCCGGCCUGGUCUCUGAUGGCCUCCUGUCUGCUGCACUGUCUUAGGGGCAAGGCUGGAAAUGGGAUGAGGCUCUCAGUAGUAGCCAUUUGAGUGGCUUCAUCUCCACUUAGGUUCCUUUGUUGUGUGGCCAUGGUCAGAAGCAGGCCCUGAGGCUGUGGACAAGGGACUUGGGCAGCAGUGGCUGGUCUCCCCUUUGCCCUGCACAUCCCUUUGGUCAGAGACACAGGUCUGCUCUCAGCAGGUGGUCACCACAAGGAAGAUGCCGAUAGGAACAGGUGCUGCUUUCUUCCCUAUAUCCUCAGAUCCUUCAGCUCCUGCCACCACUGGUUCUAAACUUGGUUAUCCUCUGUUUACCGCCUUGGAGAUCCAGGCUGCUGCUAAGAGCGGAGUAGAUUUCUCAGUUAUCCUCGUUAUUUCUAAAAGGCUUUGGUGGCUGCUUGUAUCUUAACACCCUUUGGCAUCCCUAGGGUCUGGGAGUAAUGAUGUAAUAACAGUGUCUUGCAUUUGGACAACUCAUAAUAGUGCUGGCUUUUCCUCCUGACCUUUACAAAAUGGCAUUUCCUUCAUUUAAUAUACUUGCCUGGUACAGAAAGGGUGAAUGCCUUGUGAUAAGGAUUCAAGAGAAAAGAAAUUAAAACGCUGCUUGAACUAGUUGCUUAGUUGAGUUUCUAGGCUCUGAGAGUGAAUAAGUUGGCUGUUUCUCCAUUCUGCUUUUGCUGUGUGACCUUGGGGUUUUCUCCUAGCUCCUCUCAGAUUUUCUUCUUUUAAAAGACAUCAUCACAUGCUUCCUUCACAAGGGCAACAGGAGUCAGUGUCAGAGAAGGUCAGAAGGAGCAGCUCCCUGCCCGCCUAGAGGAAGCUUCCUCCAUCUCUGCAGGAUGAACGAGGUUGGCCGAGUUCUCUUACCACCUUUGCCUCGGGGGAUUUUGCCUUUGUUUUGUCCUUUCACUUCUGGAAGAGGAGGAUUUAGACCUGGCUUCUCAUGCCUCAUGGGCACCUUGGCCAGGCAAGGCGUGGCCAUGUUAUACAGCACCUGGUGUGGACAAGCACCCUUUCCUAUGUCCCUCCUUUUCCUGGCAGGCAGGCCAACCUCACCAUUUGUCUUAUUGAGAAGAUGGGAGGUCGGUGACAGCAGUUUGUCAUCUCUGUUUUCUUGGGGUCAGCCCCAGGGUGUGAUUUGAUGAGAGCCUAGAAUCAGGCCAAUUCCUGGAAGAAUCUUUGGGAAAGGUCCCCUUGGCCAUGAGACAUCAUAUGUUACAUGUGGGGAUGGUGGUCUCCCUCAGGCCAUUGUUGCUCAGGUACACAACAAGACACCCCCGGCAUGCCCAGCAUGUUUGAUCACCACCUUGGCUCCAGAGUUAGUCCCCGUAUUGGAAACCCCCACCCCCACCCCACACAGGAACAUUGCUAACUCAUCACGCUUGCCCGCCCCCAGGCAGGGGUUCUACCACUUUUAAACACUACCACCCCUUGCCAGAGCUUGAACCCAAGGAAGGCCUUAUGUAUGAUAGUCAAGCGCAAGUGUCUCUCUCCCACUGGCCCUGAGAAAUGCAGCCAUGAAGUGAGGACGACGCCACCUUCUAACUUUAAAAUGUGUGAACCCAGCGGGACACAGUGAUACAUGCUCGUUGUCGCAGACUGAAGUCGGGAGUAUGUGCCCAGUCUGGGUAACCCAGUGAGACUCCAUCUCUUACAUGUGUGGUUCUGGAACCCAGGUCCAGCUCCAGGACGGAUAAGCUCCACCUUGCUAGCUUGCUUCCCUUGGUGGAGGUGUGUGUGUGCGUGUGUGUAAUGUAUAUAUUAUCACAGGUCAAAAGCAAUCAAAUCAUUGGCUAUUUCAUAUGGCUUAACCUAAUAUUACUUGCCUCUGACUUUUCCUAGAUCAAGAAUUCAAAUUAAUAAAAUUCUGUAUAUAAAAGGGAAAAAAUUCUGCUGUUUCUGGGGAGACCUUGACCCUGGGCCUUUCCCGUCAUUGUUGACUGGGUGUUAACCAUCUCAGGUGCCAGUGUUGGAAAGCAGGAGGUGAAAGCUGAAAUCCUGGUUGAUUAAGACUAAUUAAUAGGUGCCUAACCAGUCUGCCCAGCCCCAAGCUUCUGGUUGGCUUUGCAGGCCAGGUGAGUUUCUUGUAGGCUGACUGUUUCAAAGUAUUUUCCAUUCAUCCUGGUGAGAUCACUAUCUCCUCAGGCCCCAGAUCCCCCCUUGCUUUUUCAGUUGUGGGUCUUAGAAGCCUCCGGGCUCUGUUAGAAGCCUCCUAGGCAGCUCUGGGUGCUCUGGCAUUGGCUCUUCAGAAUGUUGAAUUCUCUCCCUGAGCUUGAGCCUAGUCUUUCCUGAUUCUUACUGUUGCUGGUUCCCUACAGUGCUUAUCAGAGCCUGCUAUUCAGUUCAAGCUGGAGAGAAGAGGCUCUGGGCCUAGCUGAUUGCCACACCUUUCUGUUUCCUGUGGAAACAUACCUACCUUCCUUCCCCUUGACCUGUCUUCCCACUGACUGGUCUGACUCGCCCUCCUUGCAGUACCCACCACCUAGUUUUACUAGACUGAUUGUCAGGCAUGGGCAUGACAUCUACAGGGGAGUCUCAGGCUGGGAUAUUGGAGUACAGCCUUUCCUACUGGGACAGGUGGGGUGGAUAUCCCAGAAUCCUGAACUCGGAUCAUUCUGGUAAAUGAGGGCCCCGUCGACAGGGUGUGACUUACUCAGCUCUGAAGUCCAAGGCCAGUUUCAGAAAUAUGUUGUCUACAUUUCUGAAAUGCUUUUGACCCAGACACCUGUUUGGACAGAGCCUGACUUAGUAAAGUUUUAGUACUGUAUUCAUCCUGGAUAUUUUUCUAUUAAUUUUGAUUUUUUUAGCAUACUGCAGUGAAAUAUGAUUUAUAUUUUGGUUACUGAGUUUUCUGAUGCCCCUUAAAUUUUGCAUCUGAGAAGAGUGCCUCACUCCCCUCACCCUGGUCCUAUCCCACUAGACCUGUGAGCUGAACAGGGUUUAGGUACCAUUGUGAAAUAGGUUAUUUUCUAAUUAGUUCCCUUCCCCUCUGGUCCUGAGUGAGUUAAGGAGCUUUCAGGGUGUUUUGCAUUAAGAGUGUUUUCUUCUAACUUUGGGCCCCUGACUCUUUGACCUUUCUUUGAUAUUCCCUGGAGCCCUGAGGCCCCUUUACGUGUGUGUGUGUGUGUGUGUGUGUGUGUCUGUGUGUCUGUGUCUGUGUGUCUGUGUGUGAGUUCUAGGGAGAGUGAUCCUGUAGAUUCUUAUCUCAAACCUCUUUGGAAUGUCUUGAAUUUUGGGAGUGAAUUUAGAAGCCUCAUUGAUUCUCCCAGGUCUCAGAAGGGCGAGAAGUGAAUGAAAGCUUCUUCAUUCCCUCGCUCAGCAAGAACUGCGAUCCCUAACACUGUGCCUACACAGCCUUCAAAAUGUUGCCCAUCGCACUCCCACCAGCAUCAUCUUCACUACCAUUGUUGUCUUUAUUUUACUCUUGUCGUGUGUUCUACCUCCAGUUCCAGAAGCCAUGCCGCUCUGGCUCUUUCCUCUGUCAUUGUCAGGCAAGGCAUGGAUUUAUCUUGGCGUCGAUAGGAGACUAAUGAUAAAUGAUAAGAAACCAUUACAUUUUUGCCACAGGGGAGACACAGUCCCAGGGAUUUGUGUACGUAUAUUUUUGUACUCCUUACAGUAAUUGUGGCAUUGGGUAUGGCCCCCAUCUAAGGAUAUGUAAAUUGGGGUUCUGAUGAUGAUUAUAUAACGUGCCUAGAGUCACAUAGCUGGGAAGCAAAUUGCAGAUCUGGUUGGUUCCAGCAUCAUCCCUUUCAUAGGCCACUUUUGAGGAACCCUGAGAUGAGCCCAGAGAGGUGUUGUGUCCCAUUACCCACCUGUGUGACUGGACUUGCAACCUCCUCAGAGCUCAGUGACUUCCUCUCUACUGCUGUUUGCUUGCUCCUCCUCCAUUUCUUCUCCAUGAGUCUUCAGGGAUUCAGACCGCACUGGGCCGAAUGUGACCAUUCUGUAGCUUGUUGCCCAGCACCAUUGAAGGCUGUGGGCCUCUCUCCUGCUCCAGCCCACUUUUGCCUUGUGAUUGCUUCUGGUUACAGCUUCAGCCCACUUUUCAGCCCCGUCUCUUGAGCUUGGAAGCCUUCUUGUAGCUCGUGUCUGCUCCUUGGAAACUUGAAAUCAGGCUGUUGUCUUUUUGUCAUAUUGAGCCACAUGCCCUUGGUACUUAGCUAUAGAAAAGCAGGAGGUGAUGAACUCAUUAACGUUCUCUGCUUUCCCUCACUACCUGCUCGGCACGGUCACCUACCACACACAUCCACACUCAGACGUAGCAGAGUCUAAGACUAUAUGUUAGAGGAUUUUAGGGAAAGGAGUUGGAGUUGGGUUUUACUUAGUUCACAGAAAAACUUUCUUUGGGAUUUUCUUUCCCCUUAGGUCCUUAGAGUCUAUGUACCUAAGUGAAAGUUCAUAUAACUGUUUUGUCUCUUUGUAAUUAGCUACUAGUUUUUAUCUCUAGACCUUCUCUCCAUCAGUGUUUUAUCUGUGUGUCUGUCUUGAUCCUUUGUCCUUGAAUUCCCAUCUUGCUUAUAUAUUUAAGUUAUUGUAUUUUGUCAACAAUAUUUAAAGAUGGAAAAGUCUUGAAGGAAACUUAUCAGAUUCUUUCCUUUGGUUUCCCUGUCCAUCUGUCCAUCCUUCCUUUCUUUCAUUUCUUUUUUCCUUCUUCCCUUCUUUCCUCUCUCCUCUACAUUUUUUUGUUUUCUUUUUGAGGUACUGUAAAUUGUUAACUAGGGAUGCCAAGCAGGCUUGGUUCAAUGGCUAAACCUCUUACUGUAUUACAGUGUGAUGCUGAUCUCAGCCUGGUCUCCACACCAGAGCACACAGAGACUUGAAUAAAACUGUUAAAAUGAUUGCUUCCAGUUUGCUGUGGUCCUUUGUA